AUGGCACGUUGCAAAGCUGCCAACCAUGUGAACAUGAUGACCGACUGUCCACCACCGUAUGUCCGACACGAUACUAACGGAAACGGAAAUCUGUUUGCACUUCCACGGGUGGAAGUUUUUCGGAAUUUUGGAACUGACGACAGUAAAAAAAAAAUUACCAGUAAGUGCUGCUGCGUCUAUUUCGUCGGAGUUGUUUUCUUGCUCGUUGUUUCGGCCUUUGUUGUAGUCGAAGUAUUUCCCUACCCUUUGAGAGCGUCAUGUAUCGUACGUUGGCAUUUCAAUGAGCCAUGCACAUUCGUUAUGCAGCGGUUACGAUGUCAAAUACUUAAAUGGACAAGUUGCAGAGACUGCGGUCUUCGCGGCAACAGGUGUCUAUAUUCCUUGAGGGAAACGAAUAGUUGGGAAAAUGACACGAUUCGUGCAACCCACCUCAGUCCGAAUCUCCAAUUAUUCGACGACAUAAAAAUCGAAUUCGUCCAAACGCCAAACAACACGUGCAUGGCAACGGGAAAAUCAACGUCGAGAGGAUGGUUCGUAAUGUUCGAUCACGGAACGAAUUAUUGUAAUCUUUGGAAUCUCGUGAACGGAGCUGAGCUCGAUACGUAUCCAGGAUUUAAAGGAUCAACGAACGACUCCAUUUGUACCCAACUUGGCACUGCGAUAUGCUCUUAAAAUACGCUGAGUGAAUGAAUUUUUGUCAUGGUUUUUGACGAAAAAAUGUUCCUUCAAAUAAGAUGAAAUGUGUGA